AUGAAAACUUUAAUAUUUUUAUCAUUUACAGUAUUUACAGCUUUUUCGAAUAAUUGUGAUCCGCCUGUAGAGAAUUGCCUUACAUGCAAAAAAGAUCUUCCAAAUCAAUGCGAAAUGUGUGAUUUAAAAUACUAUUUAAAUAAUAAAAAAUGUGAAGUUAAAUCUUGCAAAGCAUGUCGAACUAAUUGUGCAGAAUGUACUAAUGCGACGAGUUGUACUCAAUGCACAAGUGGUUAUUAUCUUAAUGAAAAACAAUCUUGCGAACCAUGUCAAAGUAAUUGUGCAGAAUGUACUGAUGCUGACGAUUGCAUCAAUUGUAAUAACGGAUUUUAUCUAAAUGGUAACACAUGCACAAAAUGUACGACUGGCUGUUCUGUUUGCAGUGAUGCCACUGAAUGUUCUAGCUGUAGUGACGGGUAUUAUCUUGAAGUAAGUAAUUGCAAAGCAGAAGCGGAGUGUAGUGCUACUGCAAUAGGAUGUUCGAAGUGCAAAGCUGAUCAAACAACAUGUCUUUCAUGCACAGUUGGUUAUUAUUUGAAAAGUGGUUCUUGUAUAAAAUGUACAAUUGGUUGUUCAGUUUGCAGUGAUGCUUCUACUUGUUCAAGUUGCAGUGAUGGUUAUUAUCUAAAGGGUGAAAUAUGUACAAAAUGUGGAUCUAAUUGCAUACAAUGUUCUGAUGCAAAAGUUUGUUCAAAAUGUGACCCAAAUUUUGUUGGAUAUAUUUCUUCUGAAGGUGUGUGUACUGCCUGUAACGUUGCAUAUAAUUGUGCCACGUGUAUCGAAGACACAACAGAUACGAAUGGUGUCAAAUGUUUAACGUGUAAUGAACAAACUAAAAACAAAUACAUGAAUGGUAAUAAAUGUGUUGAUUGUGCAAACGGAAAAAUAACAUCAGAUAAAAAGUGUGAUACAUCAGAAAACGCAUGUGGAAGUGGAUGUGCCGCAUGUGAAGAAGUUGCUGGAAGUUCAACAACAAAAUGCACCAAAUGUACAAAAACAACUGAUUACGUUAAUCUUGAUGGAACUUGUGAUUCAACAUGCAAAAUUGGUAAAGCUAAUAAAGAUAUUAUGACUUGUGAAGAAUGCACUAUUAAUGACUGCGAAACUUGUGAAACAGUUGGAACUGCUGAACAAUGCACCAAAUGUGGAACAAAAUACAUUUCUACCGACAAACUUUCAUGUGGUGAUUUAUGCACCGUUGGUAAACCAGUUGAGACUCCAGUCAAAAAGUGUGAUAUUUGUGCGACUGCUAAUUGCGACGUUUGUGAUAAAAAAGACAAGUGCACUCAAUGCAAAAACAAUUUCUAUCUUGUGCCCGACACUUCGAAAUGUGUUGAGAAAUGUCCAGAAGGAUAUAUGACAGAUAAAACCAAAAAGAAAUGCAUAAAAUGUACCAUUGAAGGUUGCGCAAUUUGUGAAAAAGUAGAUGAAUGCACCACAUGUAUGGCUGAAUACAAAUUGGAAGGAGGAAAAUGCAAUGGAGAUAAUGCCGUUUAUGCAAUUUUAGCUAUAGUCAUGAUAGCUUUCUUACUUUAA